GCAGGGUUUCUCAAUUCCCCUUGGCUGGCAUAUAAUGGUGGCAUUCUUGAUCACAAUGUCUCUCGACCUGUCGUAAGACUUUCCUCUUUCUUUAAAUUGAAUCCUAUCGCGAUAGAGUUGCUACCACACCCUUGGCCUUCUCAGGACCGAGCUACGAUCUAUAUGGAUAUCUUGCUGUUGCCAUCCGACCUAGGCAAGCAGUACGGUUCUGGCACAAUUUGUCCUCAUUAAGCAAAACGGUGAGCACGCAAGAAGACCAACAUGGACCAUCACUCGUCAACGCAUUCGGCCUCCUCAUCAGGGCCUACGAGCAAGCCAGAUGGUCAUAACGCAGCCUCGAAUACGCAAAGGCAGCGUAUCAGCGAAUCAACCAUGAAGUACUACGCCGCGGCCCUCUGUGGGAUCAUCUUACUGUUCGUCAUAGUCCACUGGACGAGGUCACUGGCCACAAGAUACCGAGUGUCGACAAAAUCAACAGUAUUGUCACCAUUUGUUGCCGCAUCAAGGUUGGUUCGUCGUGUUUUCAUACGCAAGAUACCUGGCUUCGCAUCCGCUGGACAUGCGACGCUGGUCACAGUCUAUGUUGGCAUCAAUAUUGCGCUCUCCUUCACCAGGCUAGAGUGGUACAAGACAAGCAACCUGGCUGCAAGGCUUGGAUGGAUGGCAACAGCCAAUCUCGCCCUGGUCGUCUUUCUGUCGCUGAAGAACACACCCCUGGCCAUUUUGACAUCGUACUCAUAUGAGCGGCUCAACGUCCUGCAUCAAAUUUCUGGCUAUGCUACUGCAGUGUACAUGGUUCUGCACGCCGCAAUCUUCACCAGCUACUUCAUAGAAAAGGGAAACUGGGGGCUUCUCCACGAGAAUAUCGUCACAGCCGGCAUCGUCCUAGGAUUCCUCAUGUUUACCUCGGUCGUGGAGGCCCUUGUCUUGCGAAGACUGCAGUACGAAUUGUUCUACAUCAUUCAUGUUAUUCUCUUCAUCGCCAUCAUAGUCACCUUGAUCCUACACCAACCCAGCUUCGACGAAGACAAAGUGGCUAUUGCGGCCUGCAUGACAGCGGGGCUAUGGGUAGCAGAUCGCCUCAUCCGAAUAUGCCGUUUGUUCUACAACGGUGUCAAUAACGAGGCGACCAUUUCUCCGCUCCCCAACGGAGGGACGCAACUUCUCCUCCAGAAGCCACUUUUUGGUGCUGUGCCUGGCACUCAUUGUUUCGUUUGGCUGCCCAAAAUCCGCCUCUUCGAGUCCCACCCUUUCACCAUUGUCGCCAUCUCCCCCACUGAGCUGGUCGUCAACUCGUACAGUGGCUUUACCAAAGACCUUCGCAAGUACGCCGCAACUCACCCAGGAGCUCGCCUGAAGGUCUCUCUGGAAGGACCUUACGGCAAGUUUUCCGACCCUUUGCUUUACGACAAGGUGGUUUUGGUGGCUGGCGGCUCAGGCGCGAGCUUCACCUUUGGAAUAGCCUCCAAUGUGCUCCAGAGGAUGACGGAAAAAUCCACCACACAGCUCGAAUUCAUUUGGGCUGUCAAGACACGCGAUCAUCUGUCCUGGUUCAAAGACCACCUGAAUGCCAUUCGUACCCACACGCAUGCUCGGAACAUAGCGCUCAAGCUUCACACGACCAGAGUCUGUUCUCCAAGUCAAGACAUGCUAGGUCUUUCCGGUCUGCGUCCCCUGAAGCGGGCCGGCACUGUGAACUCGGAUAGUUCUGGGGAUAUGUCCUCGCCCAUCACCCCCAUCACGCCCGUUUCGGACAAGGAAAUGAUGCCGACGCAAAAGCCGGCCCCUAUCCUUGCCCCGCCAGAGGGUCCGGAGAAGCAGGACGAUGUGAGAGCCAUUGUGCUGCACAUGGAUCGACGUACGGCGGUCACGGGGGCUGUCGACCUGCCGAUUGAGCAAGGACGUCCAGAUGUUGCGGCACUGAUCAAGGAGGCUGUCGCUUCGGUUGACAAGGAUAAAAGAGUACUCAUCGCGGCGUGUGGGCCAGACGAGCUGAUGACCAUGGUGAGAAAUACUGCAGCAAGCUGCAUCACAAGAGAUGGACCGUCAGUGGAACUUCAUAUUGAGCAGUUUGGUUGGUGAGGAUGGUUUUGGUGAAGGCGAUGUAUAUAUGUUGUAAAAGAAGACAACCACAGAGCGAGCGCGGGCAAUCAAGGCAACGAGAGACAUCCAUCCGUCUUGUUAGAAUAAUCAGGUGUU